AUGAGUUUUGAUGAACCGUUGACAACUUUGUUGGUUGUUUUACUGAGCGUCCUGCUUCUGGCGAGAUUCUUUCAGAACAACCAGCGGCAGAAAGGCAGGCUUCCCCCGGGUCCCCCUGCCCUCCCGAUCAUCGGCAACCUAUUCCAACUGGAUUUGAAAGCACCCCACAAAUCCCUCAUCAAGCUGAGUGAACAGUAUGGCCCCGUGUUCAUCUUCUGGUUCAGCAGCUUCCCUGCGGUGGUGGUGUGUGGUACCGAGGCUAUAAGAGAGGCCCUUAUUGGCCAUGGGCGUGACUUCAGCGGCCGAUAUCUCUUACCCGUCUUGGAAAAAAUCUCUGACGGCUAUGGAAUUAACUUCAGCAGUGGCGAGAGAUGGAAGCAGCUUCGGAGAUUCACUCUCAGCACCUUGAGGAAUUUUGGAAUGGGGAAAAAGAGCAUUGAGGAGAGGAUUCAGGAGGAAGCCCAGUUUCUGGUCACAAGCUUCAGGGAUAAGAAAGGUGAACCUUUCAACCCAAACUUUCUCCUGCGAGGUGCAACGUCAAACAUCAUCUGUUCCAUCACCUUUGGAAGACGAUUUGAUUACGAAGAUAAACAAUUUCUCUGGCUGAUAGAGAUGGUUGCAGGAAUUGCCCGCAGUUUCAGUAGCCCCUGGUUACAGUUGUACAACAUCUUCCCAAGGAUCAUGGAUUUCCUGCCUGGAGCUCACCAAAAGAUGUUCCAAAAUAUCAAAAACUUGCAAAGUUUUCUGGCCAAAACUAUUCAAAGCCACAAAGAAACUGUCCAGAAAGACUUCCCCAGGGAUUACAUCGACUGCUUCCUGACGAAGAUGGAUGAGGACAAAGAUGAGCUUAACUCCGAGUUCUUUCAAGAAAACUUGUUGGUGUCGACAGAGAGCUUAUUUCUGGCUGGGACUGAAACAACUAGUACAACACUGCGCUGGGCUCUUCAAAUCCUAACAAAGUAUCCAGAAGUUCAAGAGAAGAUUCACAAUGAGAUUGAUGAUGUGAUUGGAUCUCAUCGAAGACCGGCAAUUGAGGAUCGGGCGAAGAUGCCGUACACUGACGCGGUCAUCCACGAGGUCCAGCGAUACAUCGACAUCACUCCCCUGAGCUUUCCACACAUGACAACAAGUGAUGUGAACUUCCGAGGAUAUUUGAUACCCAAGGGCAUGCUUGUGAUCCCUGUCCUUUCCUCUGCUCUGAAAGACAACAGUCAAUGGGAGUCACCAGAAUCAUUUAACGCAAACCAUUUCCUUGAUGAAAAUGGAUGUUUCAAAAAGAGUGUAAAUUUCAUGGCAUUCUCAGCAGGGAAAAGAAUGUGCCUGGGAGAAUCCUUGGCUCGCAUGGAACUCUUCAUUUUUUUGACCAGUCUCCUGCAGAGCUUUGUCUUCAAGCCCGUCAUCGAUCGCAAGGACAUCGACAUCUCACCAGCUUCAACUGGAAUUCUGGUUGCACCCCAUGUCUAUGAAUUCUGUGCUGUCCCUCGCUAAAUCACCUGGAGCCUCUUGAAUUUUAGCAGUCGAUGUUAAAAAUUAUUUAGUUACUUGUAUAUCUUUAACAUCACAAAAUUUGGUUAUUUUCCAUUUACCCAUUCUCACUGCAGUCCAACAUGUCAGUCCACGCCCACCUCGUGUCAAGGUGAGACCAUCCUCAAGGGUGGAGCAACAGCUUAUAUUCCGACUGGGUAGCC